AGAUUGGCCACAUUUUUUGGGCUCAAACCAAGGCUUCUGCUGCCUUGUCAGAAGCAAUGAAGGUGGCGCUGACGCUUGCAUUCUGCUUGGUGCCGCGGUUGGAGGCUGUUGUCAUUGAGGCUGCAGACAAAGAGUCUCCGCCAGACCCAAACCAGGUGCCUUUGCCUGCAGUGCCAAGCGUUGCAGAUGCCGGGAAGAGUGGCUUUCCCGAGCUCCCUACGGUGUCGGCAAUGCUGGAUGAGUCGACCCACACCUUGAGCGGCAUCAGCAGCCAAGCGCAGAAACUCCAGCAGCAGAUGCUUGAGGUUCAGCAGGAGAAUGCUGCGCGCAUGCAGCGGCAAAAGGCGGUCUUCGACCGUAAGCUCAAGGAGCAGGAGCAGAAGAACUUGGACGUGGUCAAGGAGAACGCGGUGAUGGCCAAACGCAUCAUGGACAUGAAGAACGCCAACGAAGAGCUGCUGCAGCACGCCCAGGCUUUGCAGAAGGGCAACUCCUUGCGUCACGGGGAGCUGAAGAUGCUGCAGGAGCAGCUCACUGCCGGGCAGAGCUUCCUGGAGGAGUCCCUGGCAAAGACGGAUGAUAGCAAGGCGGACGACCUGGAAGUCCUGAAAUCGGACCAGGUGGAGGCCAAGGGUCUCUCCUUGCUGGAGAUCUCGGAGACGCCAUCCAAGGAGGAUGUCAGCAACAAGAAGGCCCAGGAGCCCGAGAGCCUUCUGUCGAUGCUGAGCGAUGAAGUGAAAGUCAUGAAAAAGCAGGGCCAGGACAGCGAGGCGAAAUUGAAGGGCCUCUUUCGCACUGCCUUCCAGACUGGCGUCAGGAGGCACAAGGCGCUGCUGAGCCAGCAGAAGGUGCUGCAAGAGACCUUGGAGAAGAUGCAGUCCUACCGCACCAGACUGGAAGCUGCAGACAAGCACUUGCAGGGCACCCAGUCUUCCCUGGACACCCGCAUCCGUGAUGGUGGCCUCUUCAUGCAGAAGCUGUCGGAGCUGAGCAUGGCCAAGCCAGAGGCAGCCGUGCAAGCCUUGCAGAGCUUGAAGCAGAAGAAGUGACCUGGGUCUCCAGAUUUCCGCCUGAUACGGAGGCGGAAAAGCAGGGCGUAUCCCGGCACACCUUUUGGCACUUGGCACGCUCUUGCGUGCAGUGGAGGGUGCUCACUUCCAUCCGCCGCAUUUGCUCGU